AUGAUCUACCACACAAAUAACGCAGCGCCGGCCCUGUCUCCGGAGCCGCAAAUACCAAUACCUGCCAAGUCGGCCGGCCGCCGACUGGUGAAGCGAAUCGCUUCAAGGCCCACGUCGCCCCUGGUUUCGCCUCCGCCAUCGGUCGACUCCUUGCCUCUGCCAAUCCCAACGGCCAAUGCGAACAACGUACUUUUGCUGAUGAGGAAUUUGUGCGGUCGGAUGAGGGGUGAGAUUGAGUACAGAGGGGGCGACAUGGAGGGUCCAUGGUACAGUGGAAUAGGGUACAUUGAAGAGGAAAAGGGUAGCCUGAUGUUCGACUCGGGUGAUAAUGGCCCGUUCCACAUCGCCAUCGUACCAGACCUGCGCGGCUGUCGAAUCUUGCCGGUUGACCGGCCAGACAGAGAUGGCCCCUGCCUUGAAGUCACGAAUAUUCUUGAAGGUUCCGACAUUACAAUACGGCCUUUUGCCGCGGAGGAGUUCGACCUGUGGCUGGCUGCGUUGCUAUCGUGGCAGCAGCUUAGACCGGGCAGUGUGAAGCCUCCAAGUAUAAGAAACAGCACAACGCCUACUCAAGAACGCCCAGAGUAUAAGAGGAGGACGUCGUCGCAUAAAUCUAAAGAUGGCGCCAUCAUCAAGGUUGGCAAGGUAAACCUAUGGGACAAGGGCACGGCCAAUACUCCCAGGGGAAUAGUGAAACGCCCCUCGACACGAGAUUUGCAGUCCAGUCAGACCAUGUGGAGGAGGGUGUCCUGCAUCCUGCAAGACAAUGGCGAGUUCAAGCUGAUGACUGAGAACGACGUCACCAUCUUGUCUGUGAUUGAGCUCCCCCAGCUGUCGCGUUGUGCCGUACAGCAGCUCGACAGAUCGGUUCUCGACGAAGAUUUUUGCUUGGCCAUAUUCCCAAUUUACUCGUCCACCUCAACGCAGCUUUCCAUCUUCAGGCCCGUGUACCUGGCGCUCGAUUCCAGGGUUUUGUUCGAGGUUUGGUACGUGCUUCUAAGAACGUUCAUGGUGCCGGACAUAUAUGCACUGGACCCCAUAGAUCCAAGGCAGGUUUUGGAGAUCACCGAUCUCGAGACCGAGUAUGAGGGAACCGAGGUGUUUAGAAUAGAGAAGACAAUCUCACUCAAGGUUACAGAGGCCAAGCUGAAACCAAAGAUUGUCGAGGCGCCGCCACCCCAAGAGAGGUACGAAAGGCACGAAAAGCAUGAAAGGCAUGAAAAGCACGAUAAACAUGAUAGAAAUGACAAGUACACCAAAAGCGAGCCGACGGAUUUGAUGAUUGGGAACUACCUGGCCGAGGUGAUCCUGGAUGGGGAAGUCCGGGCGCGAACGACGACAAAGACGGACACCAACAAUCCAUUUUGGCGAGACGAUUGCGAGUUCGCCGAUCUGCCAGCUGCUUUGCCGUAUCUCUCCGUGGUGCUCAAGAGACAGGACGGAAACCUGGAUAGCGCAGGCCAUCAACUCCAGGCAUCGCUGGGUAUGGCAAAGACGGGCAACAUUCUCGAGGUGAUGUGCGGAUCGGUUGACAUUCCUUUGACCAACCUCGCCUCCGGAAAGGACCAUGAAGAGUGGUUCCAAAUAUACGACAGCCAGCAGCAGUCGAUCGGCUCCUUGUUCGCAAAGGUCCGCCAUGAGGAACUCGCUGUGCUCCGGGCCAGGGAGUAUAAUCCCCUGUCAGACCUGCUCCAUAACUUCAGCUCGGGGCUCACCGUGCAGAUCUCAAGCGCUCUCCCAGGGAACCUCCGUCGCCUAGCUGAGAUAUUUCUCAACAUUUUCCAAGUGUCAGGCACCACCAGCGAAUGGCUCAUGACUUUGGUCGAGGACGAAAUUGAUGGCAUCGGCAAUCAGGGCUCCAUGAAGAAGCUUCGCUUCGGCAGACGUCUCAAGUCAAACGAGUCGUUCGAGUCGGCCAGUGACAGAGAGCAACUGGUGCGCGAUAUGAGUAAAUCACUCGCUGGCGAGGCGAACCUGCUGUUCCGUGGUAACUCGCUGCUAACGCAAGCGCUGGAAUUCCACAUGCGUCGUCUGGGCAAUGAAUUCCUCAUCGAGGUCUUGCGCGAGAAGAUCUUUGAGAUCAAUGAGAUCAACGCGAACUGCGAGGUGGACCCAGGAAAACUUCAAUCUGGAGAGGACUUGCAAACACACUGGAGGCAGCUAAUACAGUAUACCACGGAGAUCUGGGAGUGCAUAGCUACCUCGACUUCCAAGUUUCCCUCGGAGCUGAGACAGAUUUUGAAGUAUGUCCGAGCAGUUGCUGAGGAUCGGUACGGUGACUUCUUGCGCACGGUAUCCUACACCAGCGUCUCGGGGUUCCUCUUCCUCCGGUUCAUCUGUCCUGCGAUACUGAACCCCAAGUUGAACGGUCUAUUGCGGGAUCUCCCCCGGCCACGGGCGCAGAGAACGCUCACUCUCAUCGCCAAGGGGCUGCAAGCCAUGGCUAAUCUCUCAACCAUUGGCAGGAAAGAGACUUGGCUUGAACCGAUGAAUAAGUUCAUCGCCUCUCAUCGCCAGUCGGUGAAGGACUUUAUCGAUGCCAUCUGCUCAGUUCCAGCAGAGAGGUCGAACCCCAUCCUCCCCCCGUCGUAUUCGACGCCCAACACUAUUGCUUCUCGUCUGCCUACCACUGGCCGAGAAGGACUCCCCUCACUCCCGUAUCUCAUCGACAUGUCCCGCAACUUUGCCGCUCUAAUCAAGCUGUGGACGGACGCUCAACGAUCAUCGGAGACGGGAUCGCCCCCCAGGGGAAGUUCAGGAAAUUCCAGAAGGGAGGACCUCGAAGGCGAGUUGCUUAGGUUCGAUCAAGAGUGUUCGGCCCUAUCAAAACGGUCGGAUGAGUGUUCUGCCCGCGUGGAUGGCCUACGGCUUGCCGAGACCGCUUCGCAUGCAGAUGACCCCUACCUAGACGCUGCCAUGGACGACGGCCUGCUUCUCGGCGGCAGUCGCAGUGCCAGUCGGGAUCGUUGGGGCCGGCAGAUCAGCUAUGGCUCCGACGUGUCUUCGACGGCGCUCGGGUCGGCAUCCUCAGGCGGUCAGUCCUUGACAUCGCUGGGACAUAAUACAAUCCGUGGCCUGCGCAACGGGAAGCAGGCUAGGAAAUUCUUGAGCGGCCUGAUCAAGAAGUCACGGACGGCGAGUCCGGACGCGGGGGGAAAGGAUCGGGACGUCAAGGACCAGCGACAUCAUUCAAGUCAGUAUCAUCAACAAUAUAAGGAAAAGCCCGAUCGGGGUCGUGAUGGACAUCGGGAUAGGGAUUACGAAAGGAUCAGGAACGGGAUUCGAGAUACCAGUGCAAGCAGCAAGGCCUCGAGGAACUUUGGCUUCUAG